CGCUCCUUAGGCAUCAUGCUGAGCACUGUGCAAGAGAUGAUGCGUGUGGGCCCUCCUCAGACCAUGUCUAACCUUGCGGGCACUGCUGCUCCGAGUCAGGGCUCUGAUUCGUACCGCCGUCCGGUCGCUCAUGCCGCUGCUGUCGCCGGUGCUUCGCCACUGCUCAAUGCCACCAUUGGCGCUGGAAUGGUCAUCGCCGAGAUGGUCACCGGUGGCCUGUUCCUCGAGAACCUCAAGAUGGAGAAGCAGCGGACGUCCAACCCGUACCCGGUCCUCGUCCGCCAGCUGCUCAAGGGCAACAUCGCCGACAAGAUCAUCGGCUUUGAGGCCGGCCUCCUUCCCUGGGGCGUUGUCCUCGGUGUCACCAAGGGCGCCGUCCUGCUCUUUGCCAAGACCUUCUACAACAACGUCUUUGACAAUGUCUCGUUCCUCUCCAAGGAUCAGGGCGAGCUGGUGGCCGGCGCGCUCGCCGGUGCCACCCAGGGUGUCUUCAUCUCGCCGCUCCUCCUCGCCCGGACCCGGGUCAACAAGGCCCUCGUCUCGCGCCCGCCCAUGGGCCCAAUGGAGGAGAUCAAGUUCUCGUUCCGCGUCAUGAACGAGGACGUCCGUGCCAAGGGCUUCAUCCGCGGCGCCAUCAUGCCCGGCAUGGCCGCCUGCGUCGCCAAGCGGACCCUCGACUGGGGCUCGCGCUUUGCCCUCAUCCUCUAUCUCAAGAAGUUCUUCGCCAAGGAGGACGGCACUCCCUUCACCCAUGCCGAGUCCGGCAUGAUCACAUUCCUCGGCGGCGUCCUCUCCGUCUCGGUCACCAUGCCUGUCGACCGCCUGCUCCCGGUCAUCCAGGGCGCCACCUCGUCGUCCGAAAGCGUCAUGACCGUCAUGCGCGCCCGCAUGGCCCAGGAAGGCCUCACCACCUGGUUCCGCGGCUGGUUUGUCCGCGCACUUCACACCGGCUACCACUCGCUCUUUGCCAUCUCCGGCACGGCCUUUGUCGCCUCCAUGAUCAUGCGCAACCGCGGCGGCGGCGACGACGACGACGACGAGUAGCUCAUCUCCGCUCCCGCCUCCCUCCAUCCGUGCCUCGCCCGGCAUCAUCAUUAACACACACCCAUCCUCUUC